ACACGUCCGUCAACUCCUGUAUAUUGCGGUCGCAUUGCUCUACAUGGCGAAUAAUAAUUUAAUAUUAUGUUGUUGUUUGGUAGCGUGUUUUGCGCUAAACACGAAUCUGGUAACUGCUCAAAAUGUCGAUCUCAACGAUCCGUACGGCUUAAAUGUCCAAUCGUAUUGGCAACGGAUACAGCAAAGGCCACAGGACAUCAUCAACCAACUGCAGUUUAGCCGUCCUACGUACAACAAUUACGCACAAGACAACACGCGACAGACACAACAGCAACAGCAAUUACUACAACAGCCACAGCGAUACCAACAACAGCAACAACGUCUCCAACAGCAACUGCCGCAACAGCAACAACAAUCGUCACAGACGUCAAUGCGAAAUCCGAAUUAUAAUCAAAAUCGUAAUCAACAAGAUCCGUUAAGAUUUCAGGAGAGACAAAAUUACAGUAAGUAUAAUAAUAUUAUCGUCAUAAUGUUAGGUACUUAUUUAUAUAUAAUAUUAGCUGACCCGGCAAUGCUUUGCUAUUGCUAGAUAAUAGUGUUAAUAAUAAUAGUUGUCCGGGACAACCGAAUCAUGUCACCCGUGUCACCAAGACCAAGGUAACCCGUGAAUAAACAAAACUAAAUGAAUAAACAAUUAGAUUUUCGUGACAAACAUAACUAAAACUUCCUAUUGUACCCCCUUGGGUGUUGAAUUUUCAAAAAUCCUUUCUUAUCUGAUGCCUAACGCCUACGUCAUAAUUGCUAUCUGUAGGCCAAAUUUCAGCGCGAUCCGUCCAGUGGUUUGGGUUGGGCGAUGAUGAAUCAGUCAAUCAGUUAGUCACAUGUUAUUACACACAAUUAUACACAUUGUUCGACGGAUUUUUCUAGCGCUGUUAAUGCUUAUUCUUUUUUUUUUCCAAUCGGUUUGUCUUUGAGGGGGAUUCGGAAAAAAAUUGAAUUUGUAUUUUCAUCUCUUAAACACCAAAACAAAAAUAACUUUAUUUAUUCACUUGAGAAACUUUUCAAAAUAGCCAUUUUGUAAAAAAUAUUAUUCUAAACAUUUUAAUGUAUCACACAUUCAUAUCCGAUGAAUAAUUUCUUAGUUAUAGCCGUUUUAAUUGUUUUCACACCUAUUUUCUAGAAAUUAAAACGUCUAUGAUUAAGAAACUAUUAAUCGAAUGUAUAUGUAUGGUACAUUACAAUUUUUAAAAUAAUUUUUUUUUCCUUAUGUUUAGGGGAUGAAAAUAAAAAUUUAAUUUUUCUGUAAAUCGAUAUCCCCCCCUUGAAGACAAACCGACUGGAAAAAAAAUCGAAAAAAUUUAAUAUUAACAGUGCUAGAAAAAUCCGACGAAGAUGGUGGUACACACCAUAUACAUAUUUCCACAUCGAAAGAGAUAUAAAAUAAAUUUAUACUACAGUAAAAACAAUAACUAAAGGUGGGUGCGCUUACACAUUUAAUUGAAUAGCUUUACUAUAAUAUUUAAUAAUAUUCAAUCCGUAGGUAGGUAUUAAUUUAUUCUUACAGUGUAAACAUUUAUCAUCUGAACAACUGUUUACACUUAACUUAUAACAAGUCAAAUAUCAAAAUAAUUGUUUUCUGUUACGAGGACUUAAAAAUAUGCACACGUGCUGUGUCAGUCCGAAUAUAGCGAAAUAUAUUAAGCGUAGAACUCGCUUAAUUUUGAUUUUAGAAUAAAAUCACCUGUUAUAAAAUCAAAAGUUAUCAAUAUGAUAAAUCAUAUAUGAUGCGUUUUUUCGAUAAUUCUAAUAAUUAUUCCAAAUAUAACGUUCAGUACAUCGUUUAGAAAUAAAGACUAAUUCAUUGUUUUUAAAUUACUAAUAUUUCAAAAAAUUAAUUUAAUAAAAGCAAAGCAUCUUCUUGCCCUCCAGAUUAUUGUCCUCUUUUAAUUUUAUAACCGGUGCUUUUACUCUUAAACCAAAAUUAAGCGAGUUCUACGCAGUCUACGUAAGGUAGAUUUUGAUAUAUCGCUGAGACAGCACGUACGAGUACAACGUCCUCUUAAGUUUCAGACAGAAAAAAAAAACCAAGUAAUUAUCGAAUAUUUACUCAUCGUAUAUAGGCCGUGUAGAUGUAAUUACAAUAGGCCAAUGCUUCCCAAACAUUUUUGAACUAAGGUUUUUUCAGAGUACCUUUGCAAAUCACUGCAAUUAAAAAACGAUCUUAAAAGUAAUAGGUAAUAGUAGUAUUCAUGUUUUGCAUAGCAAAUGUAACCCAGAAGUCAACAAAAAUAAAUACGAAGUAUCGACAAUAAUUAUCAGUUUUUUUUUUUUUUAAUUUUAAAAAAAACCACUGAGAAUAUAUAUUUUUUUUAAAUUAAAUACUACCUGGCAGGAAUAUCUCCCCGUGUCAGAAAAUUCAAUUUUAAGGUACAAUGCAAAUAAUUUUUACUUACCGAAAGUGUUUUCUGAAAAAAAAAAUUCUAUAAAAUGAGUCAGCGUCGCCGUUUCCGCUGUCAUAUUUGGGUUUCAAAUUCAGUUUUAGAACAAAUAAUAUUCCACAUGGUGAUGAGGUAUCCCUGUACAGAGAGACUAAGUCGUACAAUUUGCGAACCACUGGAUUAAGCGAUAGUUUACUUAGGAAUGGAAUACUGGAUUUUGUUUCAAUGUGUGUUCGAAUGUUAUAAUAUUAUUUAAGAGAGAUUCAUUUUUUUUUUUUUUUUAUCAUUUUUAUUGUAUUUAUAUUAUUUGAACGUUAUAAAUAAAUUAAAUUGUGUGUCAUGUUGCGUUGUUAUCUAAAUGAGGUCUUUAAUCUCUGUAAAAAAAAAAAAAUAAUGACGUAAGGACGUAGGUACCUAUAUACUUAGCCAUUAUAAAUUCUAUUGAAAAUAAUAGGUAACAGAUUUACAAUAAGCCACUUCCUAUGACCGUUUAUUUAUACGAUGACAAACAACAUGCGUAUUUGUUUUGUUUUUCUGUAGGUGACUAUUAUUCGUCAAUUCAUUAUCAAAGAAAAAUGAAUGAUUCAAAUUAUGGCCAAUCGAUGCAUUUUCGUGCAUUUUUAUUCGUGGCGUUAGGGGCGAUUAAACGACAAGGGGUGUGAGGAAGAUAUAUCCCUUCGUGAUCUUAUUUUUCUUAAAUAUUUACAAGAAAAUAUUUAAUAAAACAAUAAUAACUAUUGGUUUAAGAAUUUGUCUUCAGUACGGACUUUAACGCCACUGAAUCAAUUAAUGUAAUAUCCUCUGCUCUACUCAUAAACAUUUUGCACAUACAAAUACCAUUAAUAAUGGUUGAGAAGUAAUAAAGCUUUGCUCUGAGAACUCCUCCAUUUGAAAAAAUCCUAAUUACAUAGCGCGUUAUAACUUACUUACAACAUUCUAAUAUUGAAGUUUUUGUUUUCUAUUUCAGAUACCUUUGCGUCUAGAUAUGCACCUGCUACACUGAGAUUGGCAGCUGGUUCAGAGCCUUACGUUCUGACCGAAGACAGAUUGGCGGAAAUCCGACAGGAGUUCAUGUAUUGGUAUUUUGACAAAGGCGGUGAUAAUGAUCAGGGUGACUAUCAAACAGACAUACACGGGUCAAUGCCUCAAAUCCACAAAAAUUUCAAUUUUCAACUACCGUUCUUUGGUUUUCGAUUUAAUUACACUCGGGUAUCGAUGAACGGCUAUUUAGAAUUUAGCGAUCCGCCGAAACAUUACCGAUAUCCGUUGUCUUUUCCUAUCAAAGAGUGGCCCAAAAAACACGAUCCGUCUUUUAUCGGUAUAUUCUACAGCAAGUGUCGGAUCGGUUCACUUAGAACGGACGAUGUAGACAGACGUAAGCCUGGAGUGUACUUCCGUAUGGAGAGAGAUUUACAAGCUCGCACCGAUCAAUUCGGCGUGGAAAUGAGAGAACGACUCAUGUGGGAUAUCCGUGAAGGCGUAAUCGGCGCAGAAGCAUUUGUGCCCAAACAUUCGGCCAUUAUUACGUGGAAAAAUAUGUCGUUUGCCGGAGGAAUCGACAAUUCUCUUUACAAGGUAUAAUAUCGAAACAAACAUCAAUCGAUUGCUAAAAGGCCAUAUGUCGUAACCGUCAUUUUGGGGUUAAAACCAAAUAUAAAAUAUUUAUGAUUUUUGUGUUCCGACAAUAAUUGACCUUUUAACCAUUUAAUUUUGAUAACGAGUUACCUAUAUUCCAGACCAAUACGUUUCAAAUGAUCUUGGCCACCGACGAAGUGUUCACUUACGUCAUAUUUAACUACGCGGAUAUGCAGUGGACCAGUCAUACGGAAGCUGGAGGUGAUACGACCGGGGGCGAAGGAGGAGUACCGGCCUUCGUGAGUUCGUUUAGGAAAGAAAUUUGAAUAAACUGUUUUGUUAUUAUUUUUUUUUUCUCCAUAAUUUGUUUCUGAUGCAGGUAGGAUUCAACGCUGGCAACGGAACCCGGAGUUUUGAGUAUUAUCCUUAUUCACAGAGGUCGACCAUUCGAGAUUUGGUGGGUCGUGGUUGGGCCAAUAAUUUCCCGGGUCGACACAUUUUUCGAAUCGACGAAAACAUUAUGCUAGGGACGUGUAACAAAGAUAUCGGUACGGGUCAUUAUUGAAUUGAUUUCUAAAAUAAUGACAUUUAUGAUUUAUACCAAAAAAUGUUGUGUGUAGCCGGAACGAAUUUGCCGUUGGUGUUCGCGCCCGAAAGUGGUAACAUGUUGGGCGGCACCAUCGUUAACAUAACCGGACCGUGUUUUGAACCCGGAGACAAAGUUCGUUGCAAGUGAGUAAAAGGGGUAUUUUUAAGGAGGUUUUCAGUGUCCAUAUAUGGACAGUCCAUAAGAGGCUAUUCAACGUCUAUUUUUAUACGUGUCUGUAGCCUAUGGACUAACGUUCGACAUAACAGAUAUUUAUAGUUUUUGGUUACUGUAACGAUUUAUAUACAUCUGCCUGUAUAGAUUUGACACGGAAGAAGUAGUCGGGAUUGUAGUGAGUAGAAACCGUGCCGUUUGCAUACAACCAUUUUUAAUGGCCGAAGGUUAUGUGAUUUUGGACGUAGCGAUCGGUGAAGAAAAGUACAAUUGGAAGGCGAAAUACUUUGUAGGUACGUGCGUGGGGACGAAAAAUAUUGGGCGAAUGGGUGAUAAUAUUGGUUUAUUUAGAAUUUCUUCAUUUAUCUUUUUUAUUUUAAACUUUAUAUAGAGACUCCAGCAACAGCUACCGAACGUAUACGAUUUGAAGACGGAUCGGUACGCGAAAAAAAACCGGAAUCGAUAAAAAUCACGUGGGAAAAGCAAAAUCUCACGGCGAAUUUUGACGCCAACAUAAAAAUAUCCUUAUACGGUUACAAAGAAGUGAAGAUCUCGCCUGAACUCAUAUACAUCGAUGUUAUAGCUGUUGGUGAAUUUAUUUAUUUAGUAUUAUUUGUUUUAAUUUAUAAUAUUAUCAUACGAUGUUAUUGUAUAGGAAAACAUCCCCAAUUCCGGCGAAUACAUUAUAAAGCCGAGUCUUUUUGAAGACCGCGACAAUACUGAAAACCUAGAUUUGACAUUCGGAUUUUUACAAAUACAACUGAUCACUCCGACCACGUAUUCCGGUAUUCCGAUUUCUCCGUGAGUUUGUAAACCCGCGAAUCGUUUGAAAUAUUGUUUUACUCGAUUACUUACUUAUUAUUGUAUUGUUGUUUAGGAAACUGUGGAGUAAACCCAUACCGUUGGGGUGGUACUUCUCUCCGCAAUGGGCACGGUGGUACGGUUCGGCUUGGCCCGAAAAUCUGUGCGACAAUUGGAUAAAAAACGACAGGUAUCUAAAAAACUUCGCUUCCGAGGUAUUCCAGUGUCCGUGCACGUUGGAUCACGCGCUCAACGACCGAGGACGAUUUUUGCCGGACGUGCACUGUGACAGGGACGCCAAUCCGGAAUGUCUGUACAACAAAGGAGCGAUGCACUGCGUGACGACCGGCGCGCCGAGUAUGGAAGGCUCGGAACAGCAGUGCUGCUACGACAAAAACAAUUAUUUAAUGUUGUCCUACGACCAACAGUGGGGUUCCCGGCCGCGGCGAUCGCACAAUUUAGGAUUUUUACCGUGGACAGAAGCCAACAAGGUAUGUGAACUUCAACGGGAGACACUUGACACCUACACCGUCGCCACUUAAUAGUGCAACAAUGACGAUAAUAACCACUGUGGAUGACUUUCAGGUGCCGACACUGUCGCAAUGGUUCCACGACAUGAGUCCGUUUUACUCGUGUUGUCUGUGGCAGGAGGAGCAAGCCGUCGGCUGUGAAACGUACCGUUUCGAAAGACGUCCGUCUCAAGAUUGCGUCGCGUACCAAUCGCCUUACGUGGGUAUGUAUAAACACAACAAAUCGCACAUGUUGACAUUUUGUGUACAAUAAUAACGUCAUAAUAUUCGUGUACACAAUAUAGCCACCGUGUUCGGUGAUCCACACGUGAUCACGUUCGACAAUCUGGAAUACACGUUCAACGGUAAAGGAGAAUUCGUGUUGGUGCACGUGGACUCGGAAGCUUACAAAUUCGACGUCCAAGGCAGAUUCGAACAGUUGCCGGACAACGUAAACGGCCCGGUAAUGGCGACUACGCUGACGUCUGUAGCGUCCCGCGACAACACGUCCACCGUUAUCGAAAUCCGAUUGCGGCCCAAGACGGCUCAGUGGAGGUAUCGGUUGGACGUAUUUGCCGACGGCAAACGAGUGUUUUUCGACAGACCGGCGUUGAAAGUUCAACACUUUCACGGUGAGCGCGAUAACUUCUUUUGAACCUAACCCGAGGUGUCUACGUAUAUGGAAUUGUUCCUCCUCCCGAUCACGGCCGAAUCGUUUCGAACAAAUUGUGAAUUAUAACUAUUCAAUUUCCGGAAAAAUUGUAAGGUCAAUUCCGGAAUUUAUCACUAUACCGUAUACCCCCACGAGGAGCUUUUAAAGUUUUGGCGGCAGCCGAAAAACCGGAAUUAAAACAUUUGAAAAUUAGUGCCAGUUCGUGAGAAAAGAGUCGGUCUUCUCUCACCUCACCAAGUGUUUUUGUUUUUCCCCCGUUUUUAGGAAAAGUUAAAAGAAUAUUCAAAAAUGACCGCUCUUGUUAUAUAAAUAAAAAACAUAAGCUUAAUUAAUAUAAAACUUCAAAAUCGCCUCACUGGGAUACGAUUGACUUACAAAUUCCAGGAAUGAACUUACAUUUACUUACAAUUAAAGGGCUAUGACUUACAUUUGUUUAUAACGAUUUGGCCGUGACGGGAGGGGGCUAACUUCAUAGGCGUGAGUUAUCGUCCUGCACAUAGUUUUUGUUGAAAAAUGUUGUUUUCAAUAGGUGUUACCGUUUACACCCCCUCUUACAUAUUGAACCAGUCCGAAAUAGUUGUGAUGUUCCAGUCGGGUGCCGGUUUGGAAGUUUUGGAAAACAAAGGAUUCAUGACCACUAGAGUGUAUUUGCCCUGGCAGUUUAUCGUAAGUUUUUCAAUGAACGUUAUCUCUAUUUUUUUCCGUUACGGUGUGUUCGAAUAUACCACUUUUGUAGAAUCGAACCAGAGGAUUGUUCGGCAACUGGAGUUUCGAUCAGACCAACGAUUUUACGUUGCCCGACGGCCAAGUGGUAAACCCGAAUGCUUAUGAUUUCGAAGCGGUACACAAACUGUUCGGUAUGGCUUGUGAGUAUAUGUUAUGAGAGUAAAAUAAUGUAAUUUAUUAUAUUGUCUACGAGCACACAACGAGCAUUAUACGUGUGUGUAUGAUUUUCGUUUGCAGGGAUCUUAGAAGACAGGGAUGAAAAGAACAAAGGCGGGGCUUUGUUUUUACGCGAACACGGUCGGACGGCCAGUUAUUAUGCGAAUCGGUCUUUCGAACCGAUUUUCGAGGCCACUCCGGAACUCAUUAUACCCAGCAACUAUACCGACGACAUAAAAAAAGCCAACGAACUGUGCGGCGACUCGUACCAGUGCAAGUACGACUACGCGGUCAGUCUCAACAGGGAUAUGGCCUUUUACACGUUGCAGUACCAAGACGGAUACGUCAAUACGAAAAAAACCAAUCAACACCGAGGUAUUCUAAGCGGAGGCGUAUUGGCGUAGAUUGUGUAUGUGUGGACGGGGAUGUUCCGAGUUUUGAAUGUCGAGCGUUGGAACACGAUUGAAUGGGGGGUUAAAACGAGAAUUGAACUGCCGGAGUAAUUCCAAUGCGUGAUAAACGCAUAAAUGCAUGACGACUAAUGUUUAUUUCAGGGGGGAGGGGAGGCGUGCGUCCGUCCGGCCAUCGCACGGGCGCCCGCGGACUCGAACCUCAAAAUACCCCUUCCUUGCAUACGCGGCCCCAGCCCGUGAUUUCGGGAGAUAAUGUCCCGCAACUCGCGGUCGACUGCAGCAGUGUAAUCGAAUAAUUGAAUUUAAUCGUUUUUCUCGUUAUGCUUUGUGUAUGUUUAGUGAUUUCAUGCGGCGUUUUGGAAACGCCGCGUUUCGGUCGGAAAAGUAACUUUCUAUUCGUGCCCAACACCAAAGUGACGUUCGAGUGCAACCAAGAUUUCGUGUUAAUCGGCGACCAACGGCGGUCUUGUUCGUCCGACGGAAAAUGGGACAUUCCGGAAUACGGAUACACGGAGUGUUUGCGUGAGUAUAACGGACGCGCUCGCGUGUAUUAUAAACUCGCUAUUAACACCACGUUGCAGUGUACUUGCUGGCAACGCGCGAGUCUCGUUAUUAUUUAUGUUUUUUUUUUUUUCAUUUUUUUUUAUGUUUUUCCUAACGUCAAAUAACUUUACAUCAUGGCUAAAAGGUCAAAAAACCAGUUUUGCGUUUUGUCGCCCGUAUAUUAAUACCAACCUAGGUACGGUAUUCGCGGUAUUGUGCGGGAAUCAUCCGAGAAUCGUUAUAACCGAAAUCGUAUUCCAACCGAAAUAUAUUAUUAUCCGUCGAAAACCGUCGGAUCUCGCGUCGUUAAAAAAAUAUUGAGGUUAUUCGUGUAUAAUAUUAUUGUAGGCAGUUAAUGCGGUGUGCAUUAUAGUGUUGCGUUGCUAUACCGAAAUGUCCGAUGUACCCGGAUAUAACGACAGACCGCGGGGGAGUGUGAACGAAAACAAAAAUACCGUGGGAAUAGCCAACCGAAAUUAGUUGGUUUUUCGAUUAAUUACUCGGUCGUUACAGGAUAGUACUGCCAAUAAUUACUCAAACGGCUAACCGCACGAAUUACCGUUAUAAAUUCAUUUCGAUUUCAAAGGCAUCGCCCAAAACGCUCGGGUGAUUUGAAAAAUUACAAAACGAAAAUUUUUUUUUUUUCACAUAAUUAUACUUUUUUUUAAAUUAAGGUAUUCUCCCGUUUUUUUUUCAUACACGAUUCAUUAUCAAUAGUUAUGAUUAAGACAUUCUAUAGAAAAAAAAAAACAACACUAAAUCGUAUAUUAUUAUUAUCGAUCAGAACGUGUUUCCGGAUAAUUCAAAACAUCCAAACAGGCACAAAUAAUGUUCGUGUUUCGGCAUUUAUCGAGAUAUUUCCAAAACGCGCACCAGACAAUUUAUCGUUUGAAACGACCACGAUGCGGAAAAUAAUAAACCUCGACGUUUGGUCGAUAUUAAAACAUUUUUUUCCCUACAUUCGCCUCUGUUCCGCAUUAGUAAGAUCAACUACUACGUUAUAUUGUUCACGUCGCCGUUCCCCACAUAUCCCAAUCCAUUCCACAAUAUACCCGUCAUUUCCCUACCAUAGAUUACACAUUUUGCACUUUAUUAUAGCCUGUAUCUGGUUCUACGCCGGAGCCGUAGCAAGCUCUUCUGACGCCCGAGGCAAAUUUGAAUUUAUGCAUCCGGCGCCCCGCCCCUAAAAAAAAAAAAUCUUAGGUUCCGUUUCAAAAACUAUUAUUUAUCGAAUUUUCAAAUAAGCGUGAAUAUUAACAAGCGUAAUAUUUUAUAUUUAUUUUUUUUUGCACACGCUGAAUAAAACAAAAAUGAAAUGUAGCGUUCAACGAAAGAGGAUUAUGCAAAAAGCAUAGGUAGGUGCAAAGUAGAACAUAAUUGUAUACUUUUCUCGAUUUGACUGUUGGCAAUUCACCAAUAACGUUCUCGUAAUCGAUUUCUCCAACAACUUCGUUUUCUGUAGACGAAAUAGCCAAAUUUGAUCGCCUCUCUCGGCCCGUAUAGUGCAGGAUCUUAAAUAAUUCUCUAUGUGUUUUAGUUCGCUGGAGCUACGUUCGGCUAUACAAAGAGAAUAUUAUAUACGGCAAAUACGAUUUCUAUGCGUUUGAAUUUUCAGUUUAAACAAAAUCGUCGAGAUUUAACGUUCUCCUCCCCCACCCCUCCACCCCCAUAACGAUGGCACCUCGGCGUCCGCGGUUAACGCCUCGGUCGCCUCACCCUUGCUACGGCUCUGUUCUAUGCUGUACAGACCCCGCCCAAUAACCCGCGGCCGUAGUAUUAUUUUUUGACUAUUUCGCCGUACGCCAAUAUUCUAUCUGUUAUAUACUAACUGACACGGUCAUAACGAAAACCAUAUAAUAUAAAGGUCACAUCGAGUACCAGUCGCGGAGCGCGUGGACGACGAUCGCACUGAUCGUGUGCCUCAUAGUGCCGCUGCUGGUGUGCAUCUGCUGCGUGGCGUCGCGCGUGUACCGGCGCAACGGCCGGCUGAGCCUGCGGUACCAGUCGGCGCGGGCGGCCAAGAGGCGUAACUCGGUGCUGGCCCUGAGCACAAUGGACCUGACGGCGGCAGGGACGCCGGGCCCCAGCAGGGCAGUCAGGGACGUGCGCGGCGGCGGCGGCAGCGGCAGCGGCGGCGACGAGGACGGCGAUUCGACGUCGACGCCGGGCGGUUCGGUGCCGAGUUCGACGAACCCGCGGCGGUCGUACGACGCGGUGUACCGGACGCACGAACCGCUGCCGGGCAAACCCGACGUGGAGUUCGAUCCCAACAAGGUCUGGGACCUGGACGCCGAGUACGAGGGACAGCUGGACAAGGUGGACAAAAGAACGGCCAUUUACGUGCCCGGGUCGCCGACGACGUCCUCGCCGCCGGCAGACGACCAAUCGCGAUUCGAACAGCGGUCGCCCGUACCGCAGAACGCCGCGGUCGCGGAACUCCCGCCGACCGGACGCCGGUUGCCCCGGGACGUUGUCGCCGCAGCCGCCGCCGCCGCCUCCGAUCCCGGAGGACCGUCGGUGGCCGUCCAACGACAGAUAUUGCCGUCCAGAUUCAAAAACUUCUAACGAAACAACGGCAUUUACGUGUUUAAUUUUUUUUUUUUUUUUUUUCUGUAAAAAGGACGAAAUUUCAUUCCAAACACGAUCGGCUAACGCACGUGGCGGCGGUACGCGACCGUACACGUGCACCGCGGUGCAGUCAUUCGCGCGCUCACUUGUUGCGCCACCGGUUACAGGUCGCCCACGCGAAUUGCGCUCAAAAUAUCAAGGUAGAAGGCUUUAAUAUAAUUUACGCGAGUUACGCUCGGAAUAAUUUUCCAAUUGAAAAUCACGAACGAUGACAGACUUCUUGUCGUCUCUCGUGCAACAGUCACCGCCGCGAGCCGAAGAUUAUCACGACAAAUUAUUUAAUUACACGCAAUUCAUAUACGAUAUACGAAAACGAUCUUUAUCCUCUCAUUUUUUUUUUUUUUUUUCUGUAUCGUAAUUCACCGUUAUUCGGGGCGCAACUCGAGUGGUGUACCUAUAACAUCUAUUAUACCGGAAUCGCUUGAUAGUUUAUAAGUCGUAAAUAGUUCCGUGAAUCCAUCGGUACAUCUUUGUAUACGACGUCAAUCGUGUGGAAUGAAAAUUCGGCUUUUAAUGUGCAUUUUCGAAUUUUUAACGAUCAAAUUUGAACGUCCGUUUUUUUACGCAUGUGUAUAAAUCGAUUUAAUGUAACAAAUAAAAAUCAAUUGACAAAUAAUCGUUUCGGUGGUUUAACAUUUGUACGCGUGUCAAUUAUUGCGCACUCGUAACGUGAUCGCAACGGUACACGCGCUCCGUAAUAUACAGUGGCGUGCCCCGGAAUCCGCAACGGGAAAAGGAUAUGACCCCUCUCGCCUCUCUCGCCCCGCGCACGCCACUGCUCACGUAAUCAUGAUAAUAUAUAGACCGGAGCGUCAAUACCGUGUUAUGUAAAUUAUUUAACAUUUUUUUUUUUUUUUGUACCAUUAAACCGCAAUCGUUUUCAUUUCACGUGAAUUGCGUCGGUAUACACAGCUACGACGAUGCAAUGUUUAUAAUCAGUGGCGGAUUUUCAACAUUUCUUCUGGGAACGAUACUGAAAUAUAAUACGUAUUUUAAAGGUAUCCCUAUUAAUAUGGAUGACGCCGCCUCUUUUUCGGAUGACAUUUUAUUGGAAUCGUAUCGAUAUCUCUGCCAUCCACCCCACCCCCGUAAAUCCGCCGCUGUCUAUGUGUAAUAUCUGUUUAUCCGUAACGUUCUGACGGCGGAUCCGUCACCGGUCGACAAUAUUUAACGAAUUGUUUUGCCGCUGUUGUACGGUUCGUUAAACAAAUAACGAAAAGUAUUAUACUGCGUAACGGUAUAGGAUGAUGUUUAACGCGUCGUAAACAACGAUUAACAAUAUGACCGCCUUAUUCUGUGUACAAUGUAAAAAAAUUAAAAAAAAAAUACCUAAAAACGAGUAUUUUAUCCACUCACCUCCCCCCCCCGGCACUAUUGCCGUUUACGAUUUUGUCACAGUCCCGUCAUCGUCGCGUCGUUAAUCUUCACAGCGAUCUCUUUAUUAACAUAAUUUUCGAUCUUCACUCUCUUGUCCGUGACAAAUAGGUAUACUUACCUACUCGUUAUAUACCGAUAUUAUUUUUCCGGGUUAUAACCGCGACGACGGCGGUGAGGUAUCUGUUUCCAUAACAUUUCCCUGACGUCGUUUAACGCCGUCACAAUAUAUCGUUAGACUUUUCUGUAGUUUUAUAUUCUGAAUGUAGCGAAAAAUAUAAAUUGGUGUUUAAAAAGAUGUUUAAUUUUUUUUUCUUUUUAUGUGAACAUUUUUUCUACCAGAAAGCUUACUCUUACUCUUACCGAUGUACACGAUCUAGACCUUUUUCGGAAAAGAAGUUUUCUCGGGCUGGUACUCAGGGGACGUCAUUUUUCGAUUUUUUCGGGUUUUUCUCAUCAAAUGUGAAACGCCGAAAAUAAAAAAAAAACGAAAAAAUUUACGAAAUAAUAUGAUUUUCUUUUUCUGUUGAAAACUUUUCUACCAAAAAAUCUUGUUCCAAUUUGCAAUGAUAGGCGAUAGCACUUUUUCUAAAAAGAAAUCUGACUGGGGAGGGGGUACUUUAAAGAAGUCAUUUUUCGAUUUUCCUAGCAAACGGGAAAAACCGAGAAAAACGGGAAAAUCGGUACGAUAUUAAACACAUUUUAUUAAAGAAAAUAUACAAAAGCCUAUUUAAUUAUUUUACCAUAAUAUGACAUGUACAUUGUCGCCAAAGCAUCACUAUCAACUGAACUCCGCUCAGAAUCGAUUUUAGUAAACAAUGGUUUAUCGUUGCUUACAGAUACAAACCAAUUUCCCCACUAUAUCGCACCCACCAAACAUCUCAACAGUGGCUGCACCCGUCAUAUUUUUUUCUAACACCCGUGUCGAUACGGGCGGGCAUUACGGGAUGUGGAUUUUCACGUCCGUCUGACGAUACGUCGUUUUAUUAUACGGACGUUUAUCUAUAAUACGUAAAGAUACAGCGCCCGAGGUACCAGCUAUUAUUGUUAUUAUCCACGGUCGUCUGUGUUCCGAAUUUUCGUAACCGUCGUUUCAACCCCACUGCGUUCCCAAACACGAUACGCGAGUGCUCGUGUAUCCACAAUGGCCGCAAUUGGGUCAGAGGCGGUCAACACUCUUUUCCACCGGACGGUUAUUCGACCGGCAAAAAUCGACGGGCCCAUAUCCGAACAAUAUGUCUACAUAACCAUAAUAAUAAUGAUAAUAAUGAUAACAAACGGAAUAGACAGAUAGACGCAGUGCUCGAAUUGGGGCGGGAACCCUCUACUAAUUUUCUUAUAUAUAUAUAUUUUUUUUUUCCGCGCGCCCAUACUGUUUUAUCACACUGGAGCGGCGGCGGACGGUGGAUAUAUAACUUUUUACACGACAUUUCUUUAAAAUUAUUUGAAAUCAAUCGUGGUUGCGUACAUUUAUUAUUAUUAUUAUUAUUUUUUUUUUUAUCCAUCCAUCGAUUUUAUUAAUUUUCCAUAGUACUUUAUAUAAUUAAUCGUCCGAAUUCGUGAAUUGAUAAAGGAAACUGCCACGUUUAUAACGGUUAGGUACUCUGUUCUAUAUAAUAUAGUGUCUUGUGAGUGAAAUUUUGAAUGGUGACCCCUUUUAUUUUGCUUAUAGGCUCCCCACGACCCUACAAACAACGUUAUUUUUGUAUGACUUUGCUGAGCUCUUCUACUUUAAUUUUUCCAAUUCGAGCACUGGAUAAACGAAGACAAAAACUAUUGCUCACUGGUAUUCGUAUUUAAUAAAUAUUUCCUGUUCAACUGUACAUAGACGUAAUUAAAUCAGUGUCUGCACAUUCAUCACUAACUAAAUGGGUACAGUAGCAAUCGAAUAUAACGAAGAGUUUACCAGAGCCGAACAAAUAUCCGUCUGGGUAAAUUUAAAAAACACGAACAAUUUUCUAAAAAUGCACAUGACUGAUUAACAAAUAAAUAUCCGCGGUCAAAAACUAAAGAAAAAGGAAAAGGUAAAUAAUUCGGCUUCCGAAAUUACGUUUCCGGAAAGAACGAAAAUAUUGAAAUAUCUUUUAUAAAAAGAAUUGACGACGUCUGUUAGCCAUCCUUAACAUUUUACAUAAUUUGCAAAAAUCCACAAAUUAUCGAAAAACUCGGAAGAAUCUCAGAUUGAUGAAAAGAUCGCACGGAUCUGCACAAAUCUGAUACUUAUGCCAAUGUGUGAUUUUUUUGACACUUUAAUUUUUACCUCUCGCAAUAAUACAAAUUGUGGAAAUAUCAAAGCUUGGUGAAAAUAUUACCAAUAUUAAAGACCAUAUUGUUUGGCGAAAAGAUUUUUUUGUCCAUAUCUCUCCUUUCCACAGUUAUGAUUUCGACGAUCAAUACCUUCGAUGAUCCGGGAUCCUUGUCAAAUGUCAAUUUUCUGCCCACGAAACCGUUAAAAUCCAUAUUCUCUGCUGUUUCGUUCGUUUCCCUUAUUUUAAUAACGAAAUCGAAAACCGGUUCAGGAGAAUUAUCAUCGCACGCAUUAUAGUAUUUAAAAUAAAAAAUAAAAAAAACACGGUUGCGGUUAUUCGGUUGUUUAUUGUACCGUUUGGGCGAACUCGCAGGUCAUCAAGAGUUCUCGUCCAGGGCCCUGGUGAUAGUCGUGCCGAUCAUCCUGCUCCUGUUGGGACCGUUGUUCGUCAUCCUGGUGUGCGUCGGUUACCGGGUGUUCGUGAAAACGAAAAGGGCAAACGCUUUGAAGUAAUCAAAAAUCGUCAGCGCUACACGCGCGCUUUUCUCUGGGUUUUUGGUUUUUGACGGAUUUUCUUUUUUCCUGUUUUACGCGCAGACGGUCGCAGAACGCUUCUCGCCGUCAGUCCCGUGACGACGACUUAACGGGCGACGAAGAACGACAACAGGAGGACGAAGCGCCGCCGGCGACGGCGGAGUUGCCGACCUCCGUGGAUGUCGCGAACGGACAUAGGGAAACGGAAAUCAACUGAAGCACCGCACUCGCCAUAAAUAUUAAGCGCACACGAGUAUAACAAUAGUAGAGUAUCAGUAUUUUAUUUAUUUAUUUUUUCUACGUAUUU